AUGGCACCACUGCCUGCUGCUCGAAUUACUCCCACUCGUGCAUUCCUACGCACUGGUGUGGAGUAUGCCAGACCCUUCAGCAUAUUGUUGGCCAUAGGGCAAGGUAUCCGCGCUAGCAAUGGCUACGCAGCCGUGUUUGUCUGCAUGACCUCGGAGGCAAUUAAUCUCGAGCUCAGCGAUAACGCCACCUGCUCCCGUGCUGCCGAUCGCAAGCUUUGUGAAGCCAUCCAAGAUGCUGAAUUGCGCUGGGAUCGUAUCGCUGGGUCGUUGGCUAAUCAAGGGGUGUCUUGGAGAUUCAUCCCCCCGAGAGCCCCACACUUCGAUGGACUUUGGGAGGCUGGCUUCAAGGCCAUGAAAAGUCAUUUCCACCGCACCAUCGGACCUCGUAAUCUCGCUUACGAGGAGUUUUACACUGUCCUAACCAGCAUUGAAGCCGUGCUCAACAGCCGUCUGCUCACGCCGUUGACAGGAGGCCCGAACGUUUUGGACGUUCUCACCCCUUGA